AAUCAGCAACACAUGCUGCCACCAGCUUCAGUUGGCCGCUGUGCUCGAACGUGUUUGGUCCUUUUGUCCUUGUCGAUAUCCUUCGCUCGCGACGCAGACUUCCUGGCGAAGCGCGCGCGACUUUCGAUUUCGAUUUUCAAAAAGUGUCGCCCAGUGAACGGGUCAGUGAAAGUGGCCCGUUGGAAAUAAAGAGGCAAAGGAGCAUACAUUUGAAUGGUCCGUUUUUGGGGGCAUCCUAUCGCAUUGACACAAUCUACAAAGUGGUCGAGGGAGAGCAUUAAAGUGGCCCGCCGGCAAAAAGGACGAAGGAGCGCUUCGUUUUUAUGGCCCUCUUCCACACCAAAUGAUGUUCAAUUGCGAUGAUUGCGAUAAUGAGAGUCCCAGUUUCUCUGUUUUGGGGAUCAUGCAUCGCCGAGACAAUGUGACCUUUUGCGGAAAUUAUGAUUUGUCUCCGGCUGACCUUGAGCCCCCCCGCUGGGCGAUGUAACUCCACCCCCCUGCCACCGACUCAAUUAAGCUAAAUUUAAUCAGCCGGACAAGAAAUGCUCCGGGAGAGGACCCGACCCUCUAAUGCCGGUCACAUAUUGCACUUCCAUUUCGUAGUACAUUUGGCAAACCCAUAACCUUGAGUUUUGGCUUAAUGUCUUGCAUAAAUUGGGUAACCAAGUGGCUGCUUAAAAAUAAAACCAUUCCGACUGGGGCCAACUGAAAUUAUUCAUUUCGAUUUGCUAGACUCAGCCAAGCUUUAUGACUUCCUCUUAACUUAUAUCUAGGUUUUUUCUUGCAUCACAAAUAAGAAAUACUUAUUAUAAGCUUUCAGAAUAUUUUUAAUAAAGAUUUAAAUCCCCAAUAACUUUAAUCCGUCUGUGAAACUUAAGCUCGACGUCUGUCAAAGUGGCGCUUUAUGCAUAUUUUUUAUGGACACCAAAUCAAUUUUAUCCAGCGCUGAAAUCGAAACCCCACCAAGUGGAAAGCACUUGCCAUCCGAAAUAUUAAUUUUGAACUCCCGCUCCAGCUACCAAUCCUCCUUCCGCUUCAUCAGCUGUGUAAUCCUGGCACUUAAAACUCUUCUCCACGAGCUGUGAACAUUAGCCAAAUGAAGUGACAAGAAAUUAACGCAAAAAAAAAAGACGGAGCGGUAUACGAAAUAAUAAUAUAAAAACUCAAUGAGUCAGCACCGCAUCAGCUCCUGCUGUUGUUGUUGUUCGUGGGGGCGUGGCCGGAGUGGGAAUUGAGUGCUCCUAAUGAUGAACUCGGUCAAGGAGCCAGUGCAGCCAUGGUGGCCAAGUAAUUAGAUAAGCGAGCGUGCAAAACAGGAGCAAACCGAUAAAUCGCCAUGGUCUACGGCAGGAGCAUCGCCGUAGGCGUCUGUCUGAUGACCGUCGUCCUUCUGCUGGCCGCCGUGAUAUUCUACUUGAGUCUGGGACCCUGCCCCGCGGCCAGUUUCGCCUGCGACAACGGCACGCUGUGCGUUCCAAGGCGCCAGAUGUGCGACAGUCGGCACGAUUGCGCCGACAGCAGCGACGAGAAUCCGGUGGAGUGCGGCCUCCUCUACGGCAGCAAGGAGAUUGCCGACAAGAUUGUCCGUAAUGCGAUUGAGAAGAAGCAACAGCGCCUAAUCUCCGCCGUUUCGAAUGCGAGCGGUGCGGAUUCAACGACGCCAAUGGUGACAAGGAAUCAGAGCCUAACUUUAAACAUGACUUGUGAUAUCGUCACAUAUCCGAAGGCCUGUCAGUGCGGCCAGGGAACAAUCCUCUACUGCGGUCGCUAUGCCAAAUUGCGGCGAUUUCCGCGUCUCAGUUCGGAGGUCACCAAUCUGAUCAUCAUACGCAACAAUCUGACCCUGCGCGACAAUAUCUUUGCCAAUUUGACGCGUCUGCAGAAGCUGACGCUUAAGUACAACAACAUAUCACGUGUCCCGCUGGGCAGCUUCAGUGGUCUCUUUCACCUGGAGCGACUGGAGCUGAGCCACAACAACGUUAGCCACCUGCCGCACGGCGUCUUCGUGGGACUGCACAGCCUCCAGUGGCUGUUCCUGGUGAACAAUCACCUGCACCACCUGCCCAUGGAGCAGCUGCGAUUCUUUCGAAGAUUGGAGUGGCUGGUGCUGAGCAGGAAUCGCCUCACCCUGCGAAAUGUGCAGCUGCCGAAAAUCCCGACGCUCUACGAAGUUUAUUUGGAUUUCAAUCGAAUCGAAUACAUUGGCGAGGAAACUUUUUCCCAAUUGGAUAAUUUACAUUUGCUCCGCCUUGUCGGUAAUCCCAUUAAGGAGUUAUCUGGAGAAACAUUCUUGCACAACACUCGACUGGAGGCACUUUCGCUGGCCCUAAUGCCGAUUCACAUCAGCCGCAGUUUGAUGGAGCCGCUGAAUAUCUCGUUUCUGAAUCUCACGGGGAUUCGGUAUGAUCACAUCGACUUCGAGGCCAUCAACUCGAUGCGCAACCUGACGUACAUCAUCUACGAUCGAUUCUUCUACUGCUCGAUGACGCCGCGGGUGAGAAUGUGCAAGCCGUCCACCGAUGGAGUCAGCUCCUUUCAGGAUCUGCUGAGCAAGCCAGUACUACGUUACUCCGCCUGGGUGAUGGCCACGUUGACAAUAGCUGGGAAUGUCUUGGUGCUUUGGGGACGUUUUAUCUACCGCGAUGAGAAUGUGGCUGUGACAAUGGUGAUUCGGAAUCUGGCUCUGGCUGAUAUGCUGAUGGGCUUCUAUUUGGUCACCAUUGGAAUACAGGACUAUCGCUACCGCAACGAGUAUUAUAAGGUUGUGCUGGACUGGAUAACCUCGUGGCAGUGCACACUGAUUGGAACGCUGGCCGUGAGCUCUUCGGAGGUUUCGAUGCUCAUCCUGGCUUUUAUGUCGCUGGAGCGGUUUCUCUUGAUCGCCGAUCCCUUCCGCGGCCAUCGCAGCAUUGGCAGUCGAGUGAUGUGGUUGGCUCUGAUCUGCAUUUGGAUUACGGGCGUGGGCUUGGCUGUGGCACCGGUGCUUCUGUGGCGAACCAGUACCCUACCCUACUACGGAUCCUAUUCCGGAACCUGCUUCCCACUGCACAUUCACGAGGCCUUCCCGAUGGGCUGGCUUUACUCGGCGUUCGUGUUCCUGGGCGUCAAUCUGCUGCUGCUGGUGAUGAUUGCGAUGCUCUACACGGCACUCCUCAUUUCGAUAUGGCGGACGCGGAGCGCCACUCCGCUCACUCUGUUAGAUUGCGAAUUCGCUGUGCGAUUCUUUUUCAUCGUGCUGACCGACUUUCUGUGCUGGGUGCCCAUCAUCGUUAUGAAGAUCUGGGUUUUCUUCAACUACAAUAUCUCCGAUGACAUCUACGCCUGGUUGGUGGUCUUUGUGCUGCCACUUAACUCGGCAGUUAAUCCUCUCUUGUACACCUUCACCACGCCCAAGUAUCGAAAUCAAAUCUUUCUGCGCGGCUGGAAGAAGAUCACUUCUAGAAAACGAGCGGAGGCUGGCAAUGGAAAUGUGGCCACCACAACGACGGGCACGGCAACUGGAUCUUCUCAGCAUCCGGAUGACUCCACGACCUUGGCCAAAGCCAUGCCAUUAGCCCUAACGCUGUCGAACUGAAGGAUUCUAGUGGUGGAGAUCGAACUUGUAUACCAUCAGAUUUAACAGCAUUUAUUUUGUCUAUGAUAUCGAAUAUCUAUAUAUGUAUGUGAAUAUCUAUCCCUGUCCGUGUAAGAUAACCAAAGGAAAGUGUGAAAUAAAUUGAAUGUGAUAUUUGUAAGGCAA